UCAAAAUAUGUCGCAUUGACAAUCAUUUAAGUAAAAAUUUCACGUGCAACAACAUGUAAACCAAAGACCCCGCUAUCAAAAUCCACAAUGUUUUUAGAGGCUUGUAAAUGUGUUCUGUACUGUGCAUCCUUCCUUAGUCUAGUUGUAAUAGAUUAUGCCCUCGGAAAUGGCUUCGUGGACUUGCUCCAUGGGCUGUUCUGUAAGAUAAUUUGCUUCGUAAAGAGAACUAUUAGAGAAGAAACCAAAGAUGCCGAGAUGGCGGGGUCGGCGCAACCUAUCAACCUGUCUGUUUUGUUCACUGAAAUUUUGUUGUUAUCUUUGACUAUAGCGUUUCUUAAUAGAUACAAGCAGAUGAACACAAAAGACCGGAUCGACGAACUCUUGAAGGAAAGCAAGCAGGCGUUGUGGCAGACAAAUGAGUUCUUGGAGAAAUGGCGGCUGAGGCGGGUACCCACUGCGUAUUCUUACUUAGACGAAGAGCCACAAGAGAUCAAGCCUCUAAAACUUGAAGUGCCAAUACUCCACAUGGCUAUCGUUGAUACAUUAGGAACAACAAGAAGCCAACCGGAACGCGGCGACGCCGGCGACACAGUCAACAUCACAGACUCCACUCUCCUCUCAGUCACAUCACUACUCGACGAUGAGAGCGAGUCGAUAAUCGACAGGAGUAGUGAAGAGAAAGUCGAUGAAAUGAGAACCGUGGAGUUUAACAGCCGAUAUCUUUGGGAUGUCGUUGAAGAGGAUGCCACGGAUUUGCAUGACUGAUUUUGUGGAUAAAUUGUAACGUGUUUGUCUAUUGUUUUGGUAAUAAACAAUUAUGGUCUUAC